GUAUAGCAGGAUUAGAAUACAAGACUAGCAAUCAUGCAGUUUACCGUAAUAUGUCUAUUUGGCGUUGUGGCCUGUGCCUCAGCACAAUUUGAUUUUGGUUUCAACUUUGGAAAGGGUUUUAGCUUCUCUUUAUUUCCUCUCGGGUUUGAAGUUAAUAAAAAUAUCUCACUUGACGCUGGUGUUGGGAAUCGAGUAAGACGGCAGCUUUCACCAAUUCGCGUCGGAGGUCCUCCUCAAGCAGGAGCGAGAUUCGAAUUCAAUAUAGGUGUUCAACCAAACGGACUAAUUUUUCCAAAUUUACAACCUGAUAGAUCUGGACCAGGCAAACCUAAUCCAUCCGAACCUAAACCAGAUGGAUCUGAAUCAAGUGGACCUAAAUCAAUUGGACCUGGAUCAGCCGGACGUAGACCACUCAUACCGUUCCCAGGAAAUCACCGAAUUUCACCACUAUUUCCGAUUAUUCCGCCUCUUCAUCUCAAACUUCACCAUAGACCUUAUCAUAGAUCUCAUCACAGACUCCAUCAUAAAUCAUCGACUUCUACUAAUCAACCUAGUACGAAUGUAGUAUCACAAAGUGCUGGAACUGUUACAGCAUCAUCCGACAGUACUAAGAUCAAGUCAACAACGGAUAAUACUUCUACUCAAACUAGCUCUCGAGCUACUGAAUCUACUGAUAAAUCUACUGAUGAAUCUAGUGAUGAAUCUACUAUUGAACCUACCACUGUAUCUUCUAGUAAAUCUACUACUGCAUCUCCCACUGCAUCUACCGCUGCAUCUACUACUGAAAAAACUAAUAAAUCAUCUAUUGCAUCUACCACUGAAUCUGCCACUGAAUCUACCACUGAAUCUACCACUGAAUCUACUACUGAAUCUACCGCUGAAUCUACCGCUGGAUCUACUACUGAAUCUACAACUGCAUCAUCCAUUGAAUCUUCUAGCGAUGCAUCUACAACUGAAGCUACUAGUGAAUCUACAACUGCAUCUGCAUCUACCAGUUCAUCUGUAAAUUCUACGUAAUAUAACAUUAUAUAUUUACCGCUUAUUCUGAUAGCUAUCUUCCAUAAUUCACAAAAAAAAAAAAAAAAAAAAAAACAUUUAGUCUAACCAGUAUUAUGAUGAACAAUUGGAAUGUAACUAGAGAUUUUAUAUAUAUUUCUAAAACUGUAGUAUUUCAAGGAUUGCUAUUAAAUACUUAAUAAUGCUUUUUGUGUGAAUAAAAAUGAUACGUAUGUAGUAAAA